GCCAGGACUUAGUCAUCGCACAUAAUUCAGAAUGUACAUAACGUCGAGCGUCUUUUUGGGGAAUUUCUCCUUCUGCUGCUGCUGCACGUCAGAAUGGGACUCGACAAUGGACUGGCACUCACGCCACCAAUGGGCUGGAUGUCCUGGGAGCGUUUCCGCUGCCUAACAGAUUGUAAGCUAUAUCCAAACGAGUGCAUAAGUGAGGAGCUGUUCCGGCGGCAUGCGGAUUUGCUGAUGUCCGAGGGCUAUGCCGAUGCUGGCUACGAGUACAUCAUCAUCGAUGAUUGCUGGCUGGAGAAGAACCGAGACAACAUCAAACUAGUUGCAGACAAGAAGCGAUUCCCCAACGGACUGAAUCCUCUGGCAGAUCAUAUACACAAUGUUGGACUGAAGUUCGGCUUGUACCAGGACUACGGCACGAACACCUGUGCUGGUUUUCCUGCAGUCAUAAAGCACAUGCAACUGGAUGCCCAGACCUUUGGCGACUGGGACGUGGACUAUGUCAAGCUGGAUGGCUGCUAUGCCAACAUCAGCGAUAUGGCCGUGGGAUACCCAGAGUUCGGACGUCUGCUCAACGCGACUGGCCGCCCGAUGGUCUAUUCCUGCAGCUGGCUGGAGGAUGCUGGAGAAAUGCCCGACUAUACGUCCUUGAAGCAGCACUGCAACCUGUGGCGCAACUGGGACGGCAUCGACGAUUCGCUCGAGUCUGUGGCACAGAUUAUGGACUACUUUGGCAAGAACCAGGAUAGGAUCCAACCACAUGCUGGGCCAGGCCACUGGAACGAUACCGAUAUGCUGCUGCUUGGCAACUACGGACUGAGCUACGAUCAAAGUAAGCUGCAAAUGGCUAUUUGGUCCGUUAUGGCAGCGCCGCUGAUCAUGUCCAACGAUUUGGCCGUGGUGCGUCCAGAAAUCAAGGAUAUUCUGCAGAAUCGUAAAGUGAUUGCUGUGGAUCAAGAUGAGUUGGGCAUCCAGGGCCGUCGUAUCCUGUCAUAAAAUCAGAUCGAAGUCUGGAGCAGACCCAUCACGCCGGUGGUCAGCAAUAACCAGCACUCUUAUGCCGUGGCCUUUGUCAGCCGACGCGCUGAUGGUGCUCCCUACAGAAUCGUAUUCACACUCAAGGAGCUCGAACUACACAAUACCGCAGGCUACGAUGUACAGGACCUCUACGAUGACAAAAAUCACUUGGGCGUCUUCCGCCCAGCCAACCAGUUUAUCACGCGCGUUAAUCCGAAUGGUGUAACUUUCUAUAAGUUUACAGCACUCUGAACGGGUUUGACUCUGGCCCUUUGAUGAUAUGCAAAUCAUUCAAUUGCUGAGCCAUAUCUGCCAUCCAUAUGCUUCCAAUAUGCUCUUAUACCAAUGUUUUAAAAAAUGCUUAUUUUCUUUGCGAUGGAAGAAGAGCAUUAAAUUAAUUUUGAUAAUGAAAAUCAGUUAUGAAACCAUAAAAGGGUGCACAGCCACCCUUUGCCUUUUCUACAUUGAUUUUCCAUUAUAGAGUUUAAAUUUGUUAAUUGAUUAAUACCAUUAAAAAGAUGCGCUGCUGCGUUCUAAUACGCUUUUGUUCUGGACGCAUUUAACAUGCUAUACACUAAAAUAUCAAUUCGCCAGAUACUGUCGGUAGGAAGUCGAAUAAAUUGCAUUAAUUUAUAUAUUUUUUAUGGUAUCCACAAAAAUGAAUCAUUUCAUAUAUGUAUGCAUAUAUCAGUUGCAAAGUAAAUAAAUAAUAUUUUACUGGUCGU